AGAGAGAGAGAAACAGAGCUCUUCAUCUUCUCUUUCUAUAUCUAUCUGUAUCUCUCUCUAUACCCAACAAUUGAAAAGUCUUCACAAACAAAGUCCACUCUUGUUUCAUAUACAUUAUACAAAGUUUGAAUUUUGAUUGGGACUAGAUCUAGGGUUUCUUCAUCUCCUUCGUCUUCACCGUCCGGUGACAAUGGGCAAGGGAGGAGCACUCAGCGAAGGUGUGUUGAAAAAGAUCGUCCUUUCCUACACAUAUGUCGCUAUUUGGAUCUUCCUCAGCUUCACGGUCAUCGUCUACAAUAAGUACAUCCUCGAUCGCAAGAUGUUCAAUUGGCCAUUCCCCAUCUCCCUAACCAUGAUUCACAUGUCAUUCUGUUCUUCAAUCGCUUAUCUUCUCGUUCGUGUCUUCAAGAUGGUCGAACCUGUUUCAAUGUCACGAGACCUCUACAUAAGAUCUGUCGUUCCAAUCGGCGCGCUUUAUUCUCUAAGUCUCUGGUUCUCAAAUUCAGCUUAUAUUUACUUAUCCGUCUCUUUCAUCCAGAUGCUUAAGGCACUUAUGCCUGUCGCUGUUUACUCAAUCAGCGUGCUUUUGAAAAAAGAAGGGUUCAAGUCUAACACGAUGGCGAAUAUGCUCUCGAUCUCGAUUGGUGUAGCGAUUGCUGCUUACGGUGAAGCUAGGUUUGAUUCGUGGGGUGUGUUUUUACAGCUUGGAGCUGUUGCAUUUGAAGCUACUAGAUUGGUUAUGAUCCAGAUCUUGCUUACAUCAAAGGGUAUAUCUUUGAAUCCAAUUACUUCUCUUUAUUACGUUGCACCAUGUUGUUUGGUGUUUCUAUCAAUUCCUUGGAUCAUAGUUGAGUUACCUAAGCUGAAAGCGACGUCAAGUUUCCAAUUUGAUUACUUGAUUUUUGGAACCAAUUCUCUAUGUGCAUUUGCUUUGAAUCUUGCUGUGUUUCUCUUGGUGGGUAAGACUUCUGCUUUGACGAUGAAUGUUGCUGGGGUUGUUAAGGAUUGGCUGUUGAUUGCCUUCUCGUGGUCGGUGAUCAAGGAUACAGUUACUCCGGUGAAUUUGAUUGGAUAUGGAGUUGCGUUUCUUGGUGUUGCGUACUAUAAUCAUAUAAAGUUGCAGGCACUUAAGGCUAAGGAUGCACAGAAGAAGGCGGUUCAGCCUGAUGAGGAAAGUGGGAGAUUGUUGGAAGAAAGAGAUGGUGAUAACAAUGGUGGGAAGAAGAAUGAGUCACAUGACUGAUUCACACUAGGAUGAUGAUCAAUGUUCUGGUUCUAGUAAAUUUUAUUCAUACUUGUGGAAGGAAGAAGAUGAAGAAGGAGGAGUAUCUUUUCUAAGUUAUAUAUUUUGUCUUUUCUUGUUUAUGUUACUUCUUACUACUACUACUAUUGCUACUACUGAAUUGCAUUUUACUGGAGAAAUCGAUUUAGACAGUAUCUUUGCUCUU